AUGGCAUAUCCUAUGGAACUCCAAUCUUUGCACAUGAGAAACAAUAGCUUAUCUGGUGAAUUUCCUUCCAUCUUGAGACUUUGUAAACAUUUAGUUGUUCUUGAUCUUGGUGAAAACAGAUUAUCAGGCAGCAUACCAACAUGGAUUGGAGAAAGCCUUUCAUCUCUAAGAGUUCUUCGACUAAGAUCAAAUUCCUUUGAUGGUAAUAUCCCGAUGCAAAUAUUUAGUCUGUCUUAUCUUCAGGUUUUGGACCUGGCAUGCAACAAUUUUUCAGAAAAUUUGCCAUCAUCUUUUGGAAAUUUUACUGCCAUGGUUGAGAUACCGGAAGGAAGCAAACCAAUGCUUUCAAAUAUUAGCAUAGUGCCAUAUUACGAAGAGAGUCUCUUGAUAGUUGCAAAAGGAUUAGAAUUUGAGUACACUAGCGUGCUUUCACUGGUUACAAGUAUUGACCUAUCACAAAAUAAUAUUUCUGAAGAGAUACCUAUUGAAGUGACAAAUCUCCAUGGACUGCAUUUCUUGAACUUGUCUAGGAAUCAUUUUAUUGGAAAAAUCCCACAAAAUAUUGGUGACAUGAGGCAGUUGGAAUCACUUGAUUUAUCAAUAAACAAUCUCUAUGGCCAAAUUCCACAAACCAUGCUUGCUUUGAAUUACUUAAGCCAGUUGAACUUGUCAUAUAAUAACUUGUCAGGAAGAAUUCCAUCAGAAAACCAAUUUUGGUCCUUCAACGACCCCUCCAUUUAUAUUGGUAAUCAUAAUCUUUGUGGACAACCAAUGCCAGAUUGCCCUACUAAGGCACCUCCACAUCAAGAAGAGGAAGAAGUAGAUGAAGAUAACUCUGAUAUGAUAUGGAUUUAUGCCGGUGCAGCAUUGGGAUUUAUCAUCGUAUUUUGGGGUUUCAUUGGUGCAGUGAUGAUCAAAAAGGAUAUCAGAAUUUCUUAUCUUCAAUUCAUUGACAAAAUAUGUGACUGGAUUUAUGUAGAAUUAGCAAUAGCAUUUGCCAAGCUGAAGUUUGUUAUGGGGAAGAGCAACUGCAAGCAUAGCUAA